UACACAUUAUACACAAUCAAUCUCUAAUUCACUCUGACUAUUUCCUGCUUAACUCACAGCUUCAUUCAAUAUCAAAAUAAACACGGUCAUAACAACACAAUCAACGGUCAGUGAUCAACACACACACACACACACACGCACACACGUAUAUCAUACAGUUAAUUGUCAGUGAGAUAACCGAACACGAUAGAGAGAGACAAUUUGCAUUGAUAAAUAAUUCUGGCAGUAACAAUUCAAUCGACACGCAGUUAUCGAAAAGCCUGUCGCAGGAGAAAUAUGGCUUCAUGUGCAGAGAAAUAUGCCAACAAACAGCAUAUUAUCGCUGAUCGUCUACGAUUGACUUCAAGUCCAUUGGUGCGUGCAUGUUUGGGCGAAUUCAUGGGUUCAAUCAUUUUGAUGAUCUUCGGUAGUGGUGUGCUAGCACAAGUGAUCCUGGGUGAUCAUGGCAGACAUGCUCAUGGAACAUUCAUCUCAAUCAGUAUGGGAUGGGGUUUCGCAGUGUACAUGGCAGUGAUGUUCUCAGGACAGUGUGGUUCUGGACACUGUAAUCCAGCAGUGACUUUGGCAGCUGCAGUCGUCGGUAAACUGCCAUUUCGUCGAAUACCGUUUUAUACAUUCUUUCAAAUACUCGGUGCUUUCCUCGGUUCAUUGGUUGUCUUCGCCUUAUAUCGUGAAAAAAUCAUAGAAUAUGCCGACUUGCAUGACAAUGGGAAGUUGUUGGUGAACUCCACAGGUGGUAUAUUCGUCACUAAUCCAUCGGCAUCUCACCUCACAUGCUUUCUCGAUCAAAUUCUCGGCACUGCAUUGUUGACAGCAGGAGCGUUCGCCAUCACCGAUCCAAAUGGAUGGAAACUUCCUGACUACUUACACCCACUACAUUUGGCAUUUAUGGUCUACGCUAUUGUUGGUUGUUUCGCAUUGAAUGCUGGAGCUGCUCUAAAUCCAGCUCGUGAUUUAGGACCCAGACUCAUGAUAUUUAUAUUCGGUUGGGGUAACCAAGCAUUCAGUGGAGGAAACUACUUCUUCUGGAUACCAAUAGCUGGACCGUAUAUUGGUGCUGUGAUCGGUGCAGUCUUAUACGAAUUGACUAUCGGUAUACAUCUGGAUAGGAAAUCCGACUUCGUUGUGGACAUUGAUUAUGAAGAAUCACAACGCGAUAGUAAGAAGUUGAUGGCGUCUGCAUCACCAUAA